AUGGAGGGGCGCGCAUUGUCAGACAGAGAGGGACCACGAGUACGCUUCUCCCAGGAUCUCGACAGGGCCACGGCGCCUGCAUCUACGUCUGCCGGGGAACGACCUGGAACUCCAAAUCUAACGAUUGAUACCUCUACGGCGUCUAGAGGCCAGCAUGAUACCCCCAGGUCUCCUCUUUCCAGCCUUCAACCCAGGGAGGGCCUGAGUACUCUGUCGCCUACUUCGCCGCGUCAUAGGGACAGAGGAUACUCUCUGCGCAGAUCUUUAUUUGCUAGGAGCAUAAACGAUCAUUCAGAUAAUAGUCCAGUUGAGCUUGUGGAAGCAGGAUCAUCAGCGCAAUCUGAGGGCAGUGCUCGCAGGACAAAGGGGAAAGAACCGCGGUUAUCAGUUACUAUAUCUCCAGCAAUUGAUAAUGAGUUAGAGAAUUCUAGAACGAGAGUCAGUGAGCGGUCUUUCGGUUCCGAACCCCCAAAAUACCAGAAAAAGAAGGCCUCCGGAACUAUAAGCCUCCCAAACUACGAUGCCUGGGCAAGGAAACAGACGCGGGAUAACGUACUGCUGAAGAAGGGGAAAGCUUUUUACAAGAAAGCGCAGACGUUUCUGGGACCGAAGCAGAUUCCUCCUUCUAAAGAUGGUCGCCAUAUUAUUCUGGAUGUCUCGAGGAGGCAGGCACUCAUCGAUGAAAGGACGGGGAAAGAAUACAUAUGGAACACAAUCAGGUCUAGCCGGUAUACCCUCUGGAACUUCAUACCCCGCCAGCUGUUCUUCCAGUUCUCAAAACUUGCGAAUGCCUACUUUCUUCUAAUUUCAAUCAUGCAAAUGAUCCCGGGUUUGAGUACGACUGGGACUUACACAACCAUCAUACCACUUCUUUGUUUUGUGGCUAUAAGUAUGGGGAAAGAAGGCUGGGAUGAUGUUCGUCGGUACAAGUUGGAUAAAGUGGAGAAUAAUAAAACAGCCUUUGUGCUUCACGCCUACCGGCCAAUCCAAGAAGAGGUGCCGAAAUCUAGGACGAAAAGUCUCAAGGAGUGGAGAACCUCCCAAGGGAAGCCCAAAUCAUCCAUUCGGCGGAAUCCUUCUCUCGGUCAUGAUCAUAUCAUUGAAAUUCCCCUCGAAGAGAUCGCGGAAAAACCAAAGAACUGGGCAACUCUGAAGUGGAAAGAUGUCAAGGUUGGGGAUGUGAUCAAGCUCGAAAGGGACAUGAACGUUCCAGCGGACAUGGUGCUUCUUCAUUCUGACGGUCCCAAUGGCAUUGCUUACAUUGAAACCAUGGCUCUAGAUGGCGAAACCAACCUCAAAAGCAAACAAGCACCACCUGCCUUGGCUAAACGAUGCGGAAGUCCGAAUGCAAUUGCCGCUUGCCAUGCUGAAAUUGUCGUCGAGGAUCCAAACCUUGACCUCUACAAUUUUGAUGGAAGGGUUACUAUUGACGGAGAAACGAAGCCCCUGACUACAAACGAGAUUAUCUACCGUGGAAGCACCUUGAGGAACACUACCAGUGCCAUUGGGAUGGUCAUCAAUACCGGUGAAGACUGCAAAAUUCGAAUGAACGCCAACAAGAACCCUCGAAUCAAAGCGCCAGCAAUUCAAGCGAUUACGAAUAAAAUUGUCGCCAUGCUUGUGAUCUUUGUCAUACUCCUUGCCCUGUUUUGCACUGUUGCAUAUCAAAUCUGGGCUCAGAACGUGGAAGAAGAUUCGUGGUAUCUGGACCAUGCUCACGUUCCUUUUAGUCAGAUCAUAAUCGGCUUCAUCAUUCUCUACAACACCUUGAUUCCGCUUUCGCUAUAUGUCAGUCUCGAGAUUAUCAAGGUCGGACAGCUUAUUCUUAUGGCCGACGUGGAAAUGUACGACCCUGUUUCUGAUACUCCAAUGGUCUGCAACACAACCACGAUUCUGGAGAAUCUGGGGCAAGUCGACUAUAUAUUCUCAGAUAAGACAGGAACCUUGACAGACAACAUUAUGAAGUUUCGUAAACUGAGUGUUGCUGGUUAUGCUUGGCUUCAUGACUUCGAUUUACAGAAAGAAGCUGCCGAGAAACUCGAGCGUGAUAGUGGCAACUUGGACACGAAGAAAACAAAAGGCAAAGGAGUUGCGACGCGAUUUGCCAAGAAGAAGGUAUCACGGCCGCCGCUUGAUCGCCGAAAUGACUCUGAGGCCACAACUUCAACAUUUCAGUAUGGAGCUUCUGGCUCUAUACGAAGGUCAGGAUCCCUGUGGAGGUCAACGGCUCGGCCAACCAAAGCCCAGCCCGAAGCUCGUACGGAAGACUUGUUGAGAUACAUGCAAGCCAAACCACACAGCAUGUUCACAAAAAAAGCCAAGUUCUUUCUCCUCUCUCUGGCGCUCUGCCACACUUGCCUACCGGAAGUACAAGAGAACGGAGAUAUCGAGUUCCAAGCCGCAUCGCCCGAUGAGUUGGCCCUCGUUAAAGCUGCCCAGGAGCUUGGAUAUCUUGUCAUUGAUCGUCCCGCCCGAUCUAUAACACUCACAUAUCCAGGUGGUCCGGACUCCUCUGAGUCGAUCACGGAAACCUACGACGUCCUUGAUGUGAUAGAAUUCUCUAGUAAGAGGAAGCGCAUGUCAAUAAUCGUGAGAUUUCCCAAUGGAAAGAUUUGUAUCUUCUGCAAAGGUGCCGACUCCGCUCUUUUACCUAGACUGAAACUAGCUUCGCUUGCUAUCGAAAAGGUAUCAGAGGUUGUACGUCGGUCCAGCAAGAGAAAGAGUUUGGAGGCUGAACAAGCCCUGCGGAGAAUGAGCGAGCAAACGAGCGAGCAUAGUCCAAGAACAAGCUUUAGCCGACAUAGCAUGAAUCUUGGAAGGCCGAGCAUAAGUCGCAAGAUUACAGAGCAUGGAAGAUCAAGUAUGGCCAGCGUGAGACUUCAGCCCAUUCGGGAUGAGCUUGAUGGCUGGCUUAGACAACGGGAAAGCGACGUCGAGAUGGCAUCAGACGAUAUCAGCGCAUAUCAAUCGCCGAGAGCGUCAAUGAGUGCAGCAGCGAGAAUGUCUUUCGCAUCGACCAUGGAUCUUGAUUUUGAGGAUCUCGUUGAUGACUCCCUUGUUAUGGAUGACUCGGCAGUAUUUGAACGCUGCUUCCAACACAUGAAUGACUUUGCCUCCGAGGGACUUCGAACGCUCCUCUUUGGGUAUAGGUUCUUGGAUGAGCAAGAGUAUCAUGGCUGGAAGAAAAUCUACCUCGAAGCUACGACCAGUCUCGUCGACCGUCAAAAUUUGAUUGAAGGCGCCGGAGAAAUGAUCGAACAAAACUUUGAUCUUGCUGGCGCUACUGCAAUCGAAGACAAGCUUCAGAAAGGGGUUCCUGAGACAAUCGAUAAACUUCGCCGAGCUAACAUCAAGAUCUGGAUGUUGACUGGAGACAAACGAGAGACUGCAAUUAACAUUGCUCAUUCAGCCAGGCUCGCGAAGUCGUACUCCGAGGUUAUCAUUUUAGACCACACAACUGGCGAGGUUGAGCAGCGCAUGGCUACAGCAUUACUUGAUAUAGGGAAAGGGAACAUUGCGCAUUCCGUCGUCGUCGUGGAUGGACAAACGCUGAGCGAGAUUGAUGAUAACGAGACCUUAAAACUUCUCUUCUUCGACUUGGCCAUCGUUGUGGAUUCUGUUAUUUGCUGUCGCGCAAGCCCUAGCCAGAAAGCUUCACUUGUCAAGAAGAUUCGGACAAAGGUCAACAAGUCGAUUACUUUGGCAAUUGGUGACGGUGCCAAUGACAUCGCCAUGAUACAAGAGGCCCAUGUCGGUAUUGGAAUUAGUGGCAAGGAAGGUCUUCAAGCAGCCCGGAUCUCAGAUUACUCAAUUGCUCAAUUCCGGUUCUUGCAAAGGCUCUUAUUCGUUCACGGCCGCUGGAACUACGUCCGAACCGGAAAAUACAUCCUCUCAACUUUCUGGAAAGAGCUAAUGUUCUACCUAAUUCAAGCACUCUACCAAAAAUGGACCGGCUACACCGGCACAUCCCUCUUUGAAUCAACCUCUCUCACAGUCUUCAACACGCUCUUCACGUCCCUCUGCGUCAUCUUCCUCGGCAUCUUCGAGCAAGACCUGAACGCCUCGACGCUCCUCGCUGUCCCCGAACUCUACACACAAGGCCAGCGAAACCUCGGCUUCAACAUCAAGAAAUACAUUGGUUGGAUGUUCCUCGCUGCCUCGGAAGCAGUGAUUAUAUAUUUCUGCAUGUUCGGCCUCUUUGGGCAAGCGGCGGCCUUCACAAAAGAUGAUAAUCUGCUCAGUAUGGGACAACUAUGCUUUAGUGCCGCGGUAGUAUUCAUCAACACCAAGAUGCUGAUCUUGGAAAUGCAUAACAAAACCUUGAUCACAGCUUUCGGAUGGGUGAUUAGCGUGGGCGGCUGGUUCAUGUGGAAUAUUCUCCUCAGUCUCACGAUGAAGAUCAAGGGGAAUAAGAACUACCUGCUCUAUCCCGUCGCCAAGGGCUUCCUGACACGCUUCGGCAGCAAUCUACUCUGGUGGCUUGUGUUUUUCCUUACGCUUACGGCGGUCAUCGUGCUAGAGUUGGGCAUGAGUAGUGUGAGGAAGGCGUUCUGGCCGACGGAUACGGAUGUUUUUCAGGAGUUGCAGAAAGAUGCGUUGAUCAAGAAGAGGUUCGAGGAGACAGCUAGAGGGGAGGGCGAUGUCGAGAUGGGGAAAGAAGAGAGGGAGAGGGAGAAGAAUAAUGUUGAUGCUGAGCGAGAGGGGGAGAUUCAGGAGUUGUUGGAGAGGCCGAGGGUUAUGGAUGAUCAUGGGGGGUUGGUGAAGAGUCCUGUUGAUCCUGAAGAGAGCACUAAGAAGGGCAGUGUGAAGAGGAGGAAGUUUUCUGUUGAUGCUGAAAGGAAGUUCGGUGGUGGGUCUGGGACGGUCAGUCCUCGGAUGAGGCAUUCGGUUGAUAUUGGCGAGAUUUUGGGAGGGAGGUGA